AAGGCAAGUGUUAAAGGUGAUAACAAAAGGUUGACGUCACCGGGCUCAUCCUGAUCCUGCUGCACAACCUCGGCCACUGAGGAGGAGGAGGAGGAGGUGAUGGAGGAGGAGAGGAGGAGAUGAGGAGGAGGAGGAAUGGAGGAGGAGGAGGAGGAGAGGGAGGAAGAGGGGGAGGGAUGGAGGAGUAGUUUCAAGAGCAGCUUUUUCUUUUUGCCAUAACGUCUAAUGGUUCGUGUCUGGAAGGAAAAGGUCUAUCUCUGAUCAAAUUUCGGGUAACCUAAGGGCACACUUAACUAAUGGGAUCCUAUCGAUGUUUCUCCCCCUUUCCGAGCCUGAUCUUUACGCGGCGGAAUGUUAAUGUUGCCACAGCCUGUCCGUGUUGUCUUUGGCUGCUUUAUUGUUUGUAGUCGGGUCUAUAAUGUCAUGGAGCUUGACGGAUAUGAUUAAAAAAAAAAACGCAGUAAAGCAACACUCCUCCUGUGACUGACUGACUGACUGGACUAUGGAAGUGACUGGGUUUACUCAGCAGAUGUGUGAGGAGAAGUGUGUGUCCCAUGUUGCAUUAGUGUCUGUGUGAAAUGCUGGCCUGUCUGCCAGGGCCAGGUGACCUCCCCAUCCAGCUUCUCCCCCACACGCAGAUGAACACUGGACAUCAGAAAUGGGACACCACACAAAGGAUGAGAUCCGCUCCGUUUCCAACCCCUGCAGAAUUGGACGCAUUUGCUAAGAAGGUUGCCAACAACCCCCUCACCAUCAAGAUCUUCCCCAACAGCGUCAAGGUCCCCCAGCGAAACCACGUGCGCCGUACCGUCAACGGGCUGGAUACGUCGGGCCAGCGCUACAGCCCUUACCCUUCCUCUCAGGGCAGUGCCAAGACGGGCCUCCUCGCCGUCAUCAAGGUGCCCACGGUCAAAGGCAUCCUGAAAGAUUUUGACGGCAGCCGGGCUCGCAUGCACCCUGAAGUCAUCAUGAACCCCCCCGCCGGAUCCUACCAAGUGGCUUCGACCAGCACUUUAAACCACCACCCACCUCUGCCGAACCUCACCCGGCUGCAGCAGAGCUUACCCCUUCAACCACAGGACCCACCUCAGACUCUACAGAUGCCGCUCUCUCAGCAGCAGGGCCACACCCAGAGCCUCAGACACCCUCCCCCCAUGGCCCAGCACCCUCAGGGCCAACCCAGACUCCAGACUCUGUCUCAGCACCCAGCCCUCAGCCACCCGCAGGGGCCCCCUACCGUCAUGCUUCAACAGCAGCACCUCCAGCAGCAGCCGCCACCUGGCCUGCAGGGGGGCAGGAAGCUGCCAGAUGGCGACGCGCCGCCUAAUGUUACCGUCUCUACCUCAACCAUUCCACUCUCCAUGGCCGCCGGGCUGCACCAGGGCCGCCAGGCUGACCUGAGCACCAUCGUGCACCAGAUCAACCAGUUCUGCCAAGCUCGGGCCCAAGGCGCAGGAGCCACCUCGAUGUGCGAGGGCCAGAUCGCCAACCCCAGCCCCAUCAGUCGCAACCUGCUCAUCAGCGCCUGCUCCAGGGUGUCCAUGCACAGUAACCCCGCCACCCCUGGCUAUCCCCCACCCAACUGCAUUAUUGGCGCUCAAGAGAAAGUGGGAGCUCACCCCCCACACAGCGUGGCUAUUAUGAACCACUUGCCUUCCAACCACACUGAUCUCAAGCAGCAGCAGCAGCAGCAGCACCACCUGCAGCAGCAGCAUCUGCAUCAACAACAGAAUCAGCAGCAUCAACAGCUACAACACAACGCACAGCAGCAGCAGAAGAUGCGCUCUUGGAAUCAGCACCAGUUGGCUCACAUGCCACACAUUCAGAACGGUGGGACCCACCUCUGCAAGCAGCCUUCCAGGGACCCCGCCUUCCAUUUUAAGGGCAUGGGCUACCCUGCAGAGGUGUGCGUGGGUCAGCCUUACACACUGAAACCUCCCGUAGAGAGGCCCACCCCCUCUCCCCCCGUCAACAACGGCAUGCCCGGCCACAUGGCCCACUACACUAAUGGUCACUACUUCCAGUCCCACAUUUGGAACAGCAGCAUCCUCCCCACACCCAACAGUGACAGCUCCGGGUCUCAGGACAUAGCCAUGCCAUUCCACGGUGCGGGCCCCGGGGGGUGCACCGCAUUAGACUGUGGGCCCCCCGGGGCUCCCCAUUACAGGCUAGGAACGAGCUCCUCCACCUCCUCCUCCUCCUCCGCCCAGACUAAUCUGAUGCAAACGGCAGAUUACUUGGGUGGGGACUUCCAGACGCCCUACUUCCGCGAUCAGAAUCUAGGGUUGAUGGGCAAGAUGCACAGGCCUCCUCUGAGCAGGGUAGGUCCAGAGGUCGGGGAUGGCAGAACCGCUCUCAUCCAGCACCCAGGGUACAGAUAAGCUAUGGCCUUGUCUACACAACAGUUAUCAAAAACCCCUUUGUUUAGUCUUAAGAAAGGAAACACAUGAAUAAACUUAAACAAAUGACCGCUAAUGUUAAAGAGGGUAAAUUAAUAUAUUUAAUGAAGAACGGUAGUUUUUUGUUCUUUUUUUUUUUUUUUCUUUAUAAAUCUUGCAAGUGAUCAAUUGCUAUUUUAUUUUUGUUAAUGAGUGCUUUUACCUGGCACUUUAGGGAACUUUCUCAUGUGCGUGUGUGUACACAUCUGUACUGUGUGUGUGUCAUUCCCUCCUUCCUCUAUUGUACUAUCUGUGUGCCUGGAUCUCAACAGAUCCUGUGUUAUUUCUACUUCAGACCUACCGGUAAUGUUUUCUUAUGCAUGUAAGAAAGAAGAGAAACUGAUAGAUCCCUCACAGAAAAACUGCUGGUUUUUAACAGGGUCAUGUCAGGAAUUUUUCGGCUCAGACUAGUUUUAUUAGACCAAUUUUCAUUUUGGUGUCAACGCUCCGAUCUCACAGUAAUUUCAAGAUUAAACACAAUCAUUUAUGAGGACAGAAGAGUAAUAAUCUUGUUUCAGUGCAAAGCCACCAGACACUGUCGACUACGAAGUACAGCUAGCAAAGCCUGCGGUAUGCACACAUAGGUUUUUAUUCUUUUUAAAUGUAAUUAUUUAUUUGUAUAAUAGGACUUUUCAAGAUUGGUUCCUCUCUGUCAGUCAAGGAAGCAUGUAAUCAGGUUGUUUGUACAUAGUCGAGAUCCAGCAGGGAACAAAUAUGUUGAAAAGGCGACGCUCUGUUCCUGCUGAAAAUGCUGCAAUUACUUCAGGUGUUUAAAAAAAAAACUUUUUGUCAAUGCCAGGAAGGUUUGGCAACAAGAUUGUGAAAUGUUUAGUGCAGAAAAAAAGUCAUGAAAGAUUAACUCUCAUACCUUAAAGGGACAGUGUGUAGGAUAUGGCGGCAUCUAGUGGUGUGGUUGCAGAUUGCAACCAACUGAGUACCCCUCCGCUCACUCCUCCCUUUGCAAGCGGUAACGUGAGCCGCUGAGUGCAAAACAGCUGUAACGCCAUUCACCUCUCUCAGAGGCCAUCUUUACCAUAAUAACACUACUUUAGGAGCAACGGAAGUCAGACGGCGGCUGGCGGUACCACGAUUUUGCACUCUGUGGCGUAACUCACGUAACCAGUUUCACAAGCGUGUCAGAGA